AUGAGCGUUUUGUACAGCGAUGACGAUGGUUUCUUCAUAUCGCAUCAAAUGUUUAUUUCAAAGUUGUACGAUACUAUUUUGAGCGAAACCCAAAACGAUGUACAUUUGUACGAACAUUUCUUUCAUAUAAACAAUCCAUUUGUCAGGGACAAACAGCAAGUAGAAACUAGUGCGGAAAAUAAUGUUGUGAAACGUAAGAGAAAGCGUCCAUCAUUUGAGGAAGAUGAAACAAGUAAAAAAAUCAAAACUUUUAUAUCAAACUUAAAAAGUCAAACAGACAUAUUUUCCAUAUCGCCAAAGAUUUUGGAUAAUAAUAUUUGUGCUAGACAUGCAUCUAUGAAGUUCUAUGAAAACACUAGUGCGCUGAAAACAUUUUAUGGGCAAAAUCCAAAUCCAAACAUACAUACAGCUAAUGGUUAUGUAUUCCCUCCGAAAUGUCAGUUUUAUUGUGACAAUGUUUUCAACAUGAAAAAUUUAGGAGAUGAAAAAUAUGACAUGAUAUUGUUAGACCCACCAUGGACAAAUAAAUAUAUAAAAAGAAAGAAGAAAAUUAAACCUGAUGAAGGGUACACAAUGAUGGAUGAUCAGGAUUUGGCUCAAUUACCUAUAAAUCAGUUCCUAACUUCAAACGGUUUGGUCUGCGUGUGGUGUACAAAUUCUCAAAAUCAUAUAGACUCAUUAAAGUCUGUAUUAUUUCCAAUAUGGAACGUAAAAUAUGUGGCCUGUUGGUACUGGAUAAAGGUGACAGAAUGUGGAGAAUUUGUUUGUAAUUUUACACCAGGAACUGGAAAACAGCCGUACGAACGCAUAUUAUUCGGAAGGAAAAUAGACUGUGAUACCAAAAUAAAUAAUCCUGAAGAGAAUAAGUUCAUCGCAAGUAUUCCAAGUUCAGUGCAUUCACAUAAACCUCCUCUAUCUGAGAUAUUAAUUCCUUAUCUGCCUCCAAAACCAAAAUGCUUAGAACUAUUCGCAAGGUAUCUAUUACCUAACUGGACUAGUUAUGGACUUGAAGCUUUAAAAUUUCAACAUCAAUUUUUGUAUGAAAAUUCAGAUUUAGAAAAUUGUAAUCACAAAUCCAAUAUAAAAUUUAAUGAAAAUAUUAUGUAA